AAUCAAAAAUAUAUAAAAAACAUCCCGUUUGAUUAGUUUGACGGACAUAACGUGACCCGCGUCGGCGGCCGUUCUCAAAGUGCUAAAACGACCUUCGUAUUCAUAAUGGUCUUUUAACUUCGGUAUCAACAUGGGUAUCUCAAGGGAUAAUUAUCACAAAAGACGUUCAACUGGAGCUCGUAAAAAUCCCUUGAGUAAAAAGAGAAAGUACUCUCUUGGACGACCUUCAGCUAAUACUAAGAUCGGACCAAAAAGAAUAAAAGAAGUCAGAUGUCGUGGAGGAAAUUUAAAGCAUCGUGCACUUAGAUUAGAUACUGGAAAUUUUUCGUGGGCUUCCGAAUGUGUUGCACAAAAAACUAGAGUGUUAGAUGUUUUGUAUAAUGCAAGUAACAAUGAAUUAGUUCGAACUAAAACUCUGGUUAAAAAUGCUAUCAUACACAUUGAUGCUACACCAUUUAAACAAUGGUUUGAAGCUCAUUAUGCAGUUGCCAUUGGUAGAAAGAAAGGACAAAAGUCUUCUACAGCUGAAGGAGUAGAUGAUGUUCUAAAUAAAGUUCGAUCCAAACAUGCUACAAAAAAAAUUGAAGCUAGAAAACCAGAAUCAAAAAUUGACCAACAUUUAGAGGAUCAAUUUGCUUCUGGGCGAUUAUUAGCUUGCAUUUCAUCACGACCUGGCCAAAGUGGACGUGUCGAUGGAUAUAUUCUUGAAGGGAAAGAGCUAGAUUUUUAUUCUAAGAAAAUUAAAUCAAAGAAAGGAAAAUAAAUGAAUAACAUCUUAGUUGGUUAUUUUUAUUUUUGUGAAAAUUAUUAACUUUUUGAGG